AUGUCCUUAAUACCCCUACUCUCAACUUGUCUAUGGUUCUUGCUGGUGUCUAGCUUCACAGGUGCAAACGAGGCCGACGUAAAAUGCUUGGGGAACAUACGUUCCCAAGUUAAGGAUCCAAAUGGAUACUUAUCGAGUUGGGUAUUUGGCAAUUAUUCUGCAGGUUAUAUCUGCAGGUUCAGUGGUGUGACUUGCUGGCAUGCUGACGAGAAUAGGGUUUUGGGCAUUAAACUUUCUGGUUUUGGUCUCGAAGGUGAGUUUCCUAUCGGGAUUAAACAAUGUACUGAUAUGACAGCUCUAGAUCUUUCUAGGAACAGCUUCUCUGGAGCUUUACCAUAUAAUAUAGCCUCUUUGAUUCCAUCAGUUACAACUCUCGACCUCUCUCGCAAUCAAUUCUCCGGUGAAAUCCCAACAGGUUUAUCAAAUGUUUCCUAUCUGAACACUCUUAUGCUUCAGCAUAACCAGUUCACUGGUCAGCUUCCUCCCGAGCUACUGUCACUUGGGCGGCUCACCAGGUUCUCAGUGGCAGGCAAUCAACUGACCGGUCCCAUCCCUAGAUUUAAUGAACAACACUUGAAAAUCGGAGUGGACGUUUUUGCUAAUAACGAGGGUUUGUGUGGUCCGCCUAUGGAUGCUUGUGUUGACCCGGACGAAGAUAAUAUGAUCCGGUUUGGGAAGAUGGGUGCAGCAGUCGGUGCGGCUUUAUUUGCACCAUUAGUUGCGUUCUUAGACUCGUUUGUCUUCGAUGGUAGGAAGAAGAAACAAGGAGUUAUAAGACAUCGAAGCUGA